AUGGUGUUGGUGCAAGAUACCAUAUUUAUACCUUUGUUAAAAAAGGGUAUCGUUAAUCCAAAUUACUUCCAACCAUUACCUAUUUCCAUGGGUUUAAUUCUUUUUUUUAUUGCGCAAAUCCUUAAUAACGUUGCCGCAAUUUUACGCAUUUGGGCAAAUAACCAAACCGGCUCGCCAAAAUCUGCCUUUAAAAACGAAAAAAACCUUGCUAAAAUUGGCGGCCCCAUAUUUUCCUAUUGGUAUUGCACCCGCUUUGCCGUUUAA